UGAAUUUGUUUUGGCAACGGAAGGGAAGCAUAGAUGAGAGUUGUCAUGGGUGUGAUACAGGUAGUGAGAUGUGAUGGAGUAUAUCUGAGAUUCGUACGACAUGGCCCGAUGAUACUAGAAGUUGUGUUUGUGACUGCGAAAAGUACGUCACAGAUGGUUGGGGAAGCAGGGACGAAGCUUCACCUCAAGAGACUACUCAAGUACUCCUCCUACUACCACCUCAACAUCAUUCACAAUGGCACGCGGCGGAGAAUUGACCAAAGCAGUCUACAAGGGCGAACACGACCACUUCAUCGUGAUUGUCGAGUCAGAGGAUAUUGUCCAGAAAUGGCGCAAGGACUCCUCCAUCCCACUCAGUGAGGUGGCUAAUUCCUUUGAUGUCUUUACGGGGAAUGGCGCUCAGGGUAUCUUGGAGCGUCCUUCGAAGCAGCAGCUUGAGGGAGAGUUUGGCUCGACGCACCAGGAUGAUAUUGUCAAGAAGAUCAUCACAGAGGGCAAGCUUGAGACUUCCAAGACGCCCAACAAGCAAGGCGACCGUAACCAGACAAACGCAAAUGGAAGUGGUCGUUGAAGUAGUCCGUUGCAAGUGUUUGCCUUUUGCUUCGUUAUGAUGAUCAAUGAGAGACUCAAGUAGAUGAUACGCUACAUCUAAGCAUUCCAUCCAUGACACUGCUGCUGCUACAU